ACUUUCCCUUCAUUCAUUCGAAACACCAUUAAUCUGUCUUCCCCAAAUCCUUUAAGCAGUACAUGAACUGGUUCUCUCCUCAUCUAUUCCACAAUUCACAUCAACAGAAAAAGAUCAACAACAUUCGAAUUGCACAUCUCGCAUAUAAAGACCAGGUGACUUGUAUGUAUUGAAGUUUGCUGAGGAUUCGAGCUUCACUUGUCAAUUUUUAGGAACAUGCAGGACUUACAAUUGGAGGAUGGUGGCCUCUAGGGUGUGUCAAGGAAUCAAGCUGGCAUCCAGGGCCAGGCUGUUCAAAGAAUACAAAGAGGUGCAGAGAGAAAAAUCUGCUGAUCCUGAUAUCCAACUAGCUUGUGACGACUCCAACAUAUUUAAAUGGACUGCUUUAAUUAAGGGACCAUCAGAAACUCCGUAUGAGGGUGGUGUUUUCCAGCUUGCGUUUGCAGUGCCUGAACAGUAUCCUUUGCAACCUCCACAAGUGCGAUUUUUAACAAAAAUAUUUCAUCCAAAUGUCCAUUUCAAGACUGGAGAAAUUUGUUUGGAUAUCUUAAAAAAUGCAUGGAGUCCUGCUUGGACGUUGCAAUCAGUAUGCCGGGCAAUAAUUGCUUUGAUGGCCCAUCCGGAGCCUGAUAGCCCCUUAAAUUGUGAUUCAGGAAAUCUUUUGCGAUCUGGAGAUGUAAGAGGAUUUCAUUCCAUGGCAAGGAUGUAUACCAGGCUGGCAGCCAUGCCGAAGAAAGGAUGAGCUUGAGCCCUUUCUUUUCUCGCUUCAAUUCGAUGAACUUGUGUAAUGUAGAAAAGUUUAUCCUGCAUGUAUUUAUGUGGUUACGUCAACUUUAGGGUGGGCUUUGUUGUAUGAUUGUUCCUAGAUGUUUGUUCUAUUGGGAGUGCUCAUGUAACACGAGAGCUAAACAUCACUCUCAACAAUGAAAGAAUGGUAAUGCAAGUAUUCAGCUUUCUCUCA